GCAUCAAAUGUGGCCUCUUUAAACGAAUAUACCGAUGAACAGCUAAACUAUUACAGAAUUUGUUGUGUAACUACUGAUAUACUAGCGGAGGGUCUGAGAGAAAUAUUUAAACAAGAAUGGGACAAACUGUACAAAACAACAAAAGGAGAAUGGAAAGACGAACCUCGUAAUGGAACGGACUUUUUUAACGGAGAGUCUCCUCGAAAACAAAAAAGAAACGCUCGUCUUUUGGCCACUAUGAAAAACGGAAACAGUGAGGAAUGGGACUGCACAAUGCUAUUUUACGCCAUCCAGCUAGCUGGCCUCAUAGCUGAGAGAUUCUUUGACAACCUCAUAGAAAUGCCAGGCGGGUCUUCAUUUGUAAUGACCUUAAAUGCUGCAAGUCCAGAUUCACUUCUGGAGUCGUAUGCCUCAUUUGCUCGCCAUUUAAAGUGCCCAGAGUAUUCAGUUAUGGAAACCCUCAGCUCAAAGGAUUCGACCGUGGACGAAAAGAUCACUAGUCUUAAGAUGCUUGUCGCUGUAAAAAUUAAGUGUUACACGUCGUGGCUUCUGGUGGUUGACAAUGUCACUACUCUGUCUUCAGUGCAUGUCCAUUUACCACAGUUUAAAAACGAGGCGUGGGCAAGGGGCCAGUUAGUGAUUACGACCCAGGACACCACAUCAAUUCCCUCAGAAAGCUCUUUUGUUAAUCACAUCUCGGCAAGCAAAGGUAUGGAGCCCAAUGACGCCCGUUCAUUAUUGUCCAAGCUUUCUGGUAUCCCAGAUAGCGAACUGGUGGGAACAGUAGCACAAAGACUGGACUAUCAACCUCUUGCUUUAGCAGGCGCUGCCGUCUUUGUUAAAGAGAUUCGGCAGGACAAUGUAUCGAGGCAUUUUGGGUGGGAGGAAUACCUGAAGAUCUUAGAAAAAGGCAAAAGACAGAAAACGGAGGAUACACUUGUUGACACCAAUCCAGUUUAUCCAAAUUCAAUGACCAAAACAAUAACGUUAGCCGUCGAGACACUGAUGAGAUCCGACAAAUUUCAAAAACACCUUUUCACUUUUCUUGCCCUCUGCGCUCCACGACCAUUGAACGUCGACAUAGCAGUUAGUUACAUCAUGAACGCACAUGAAGAGUUUGAUGAGGGGGACAAGGAACUAAUUCGCAUGAGACUAAAAAGAAGCUCACUUCUGCUGUUCCAAGAUGAAGAGGGUUGCUGUUUUCUUCGGCUUCACCAGGUUGUGCAUGAUGCUAUAAAAACUGUAACAAAAGAGUGUCCAGAAAGUCAAACCGAUGAGGUCGUUAGUGGGGUCAUUACAUCAUCUAACGAAUUUAUCGUCGCAAUUCCACCAGAGAAUGAGCGACUAAACACCAGACACAUCGUUCCACAUUUGAAAGCUUUAAUUAUAGUAACUGACAUGUUGUUUUUGCAAGAUAACUUCUUUCAAGUUCAUGAUAAGGAGAUUUCCGAAAAAUGUGAAAACCUUGGAAAAAUUUGUCAAAUGCACUGUGAAUUCGAAGGCGCAAAAACAUAUUUUCAAUAUUCACUUAAUUUUAAACUUCAAGAGCUCGGCCCGGAGCAUGUUGAUGUUGCAACAAGCUAUGGUAACUUAGCUUCGAUUUACCAGCAUUUAGGUGACUCUGAGCAAGCCAAGGAGUAUCAGCAACGUGCUCUGGACAUGAAACUGGACAAGCUCGGCCCGGAACAUGUUAAUGUUGCAAUAAGCUAUAAUAACUUAGCUUUGAUUUACCAGCAUUUAGGUGACUUUGAGCAAGCCAAGGAGUAUCAGCAACGUGCUCUGGACAUGAAACUGGACAAACUCGGCCCGGAACAUGUUAGUGUUGCAACAAGCUAUAAUAACUUAGCUUCGAUUUACCAGCAUUUAGGUGACUUUGAGCAAGCCAAGGAGUAUCAGCAACGUGCUCUGGACAUGAAACUGGACAAACUCGGCCCGGAACAUGUUAGUGUUGCAACAAGCUAUAAUAACUUAGCUUUGAUUUACCAGCAUUUAGGUGACUUUGAGCAAGCCAAGGAGUAUCAGCAACGUGCUUUAGACAUCCAACUAAAGAAGCUAGGCUCGAAACAUGUUGAUGUUGCGACAAGCUAUGGUACCUUAGCUUCGAUUUACCAGCAUUUAGGUGACUUUGAGCAAGCCAAGGAGUAUCAGCAACGUGCUUUAGACAUCCAACUAAAGAAGCUAGGCUCGAAACAUGUUAAUGUUGCGACAAGCUAUGGUAACUUAGCUUUGAUUUACCAGCAUUUAGGUGACUUUGAGCAAGCCAAGGAGUAUCAGCAACGUGCUUUAGACAUCCAACUAAAGAAGCUAGGCUCGAAACAUGUUGAUGUUGCGACAAGCUAUGGUAACUUAGCUUCGAUUUACCAGCAUUUAGGUGACUUUGAGCAAGCCAAGGAGUAUCAGCAACGUGCUUUAGACAUCCAACUAAAGAAGCUAGGCUCGAAACAUGUUAAUGUUGCGACAAGCUAUGGUAACUUAGCUUUGAUUUACCAGCAUUUAGGUGACUUUGAGCAAGCCAAGGAGUAUCAGCAACGUGCUUUAGACAUCCAACUAAAGAAGCUAGGCUCGAAACAUGUUAAUGUUGCGACAAGCUAUGGUAACUUAGCUUUGAUUUACCAGCAUUUAGGUGACUUUGAGCAAGCCAAGGAGUAUCAGCAACGUGCUUUAGACAUCCAACUAAAGAAGCUAGGCUCGAAACAUGUUGAUGUUGCGACAAGCUAUGGUACCUUAGCUUCGAUUUACCAGCAUUUAGGUGACUUUGAGCAAGUCAAGGAGUAUCAGCAACGUGCUUUAGACAUCCAACUAAAGAAGCUAGGCUCGAAACAUGUUAAUGUUGCGACAAGCUAUGGUAACUUAGCUUUGAUUUACCAGCAUUUAGGUGACUUUGAGCAAGCCAAGGAGUAUCAGCAACGUGCUUUAGACAUCCAACUAAAGAAGCUAGGCUCGAAACAUGUUGAUGUUGCGACAAGCUAUGGUACCUUAGCUUCGAUUUACCAGCAUUUAGGUGACUUUGAGCAAGUCAAGGAGUAUCAGCAACGUGCUUUAGACAUCCAACUAAAGAAGCUAGGCUCGAAACAUGUUAAUGUUGCGACAAGCUAUGGUAACUUAGCUUCGAUUUACCAGUAUUUAGGUGACUUUGAGCAAGCCAAGGAGUAUCAGCAACGUGCUCUGGACAUGAAACUGGACAAACUCGGCCCGGAACAUGUUAAUGUUGCAACAAGCUAUCAUAACUUAGCUUUGAUUUACCAGGAUUUAGGUGACUUUGAGCAAGCCAAGGAGUAUCAGCAACGUGCUCUGGCCAUUAGAGCAGACAAGCACUGGCUCAACAAAACACCAAAUAAGGUACAUGAAGGACUGCUAACAGACGCAAAAAACUUUAUUAUGGAAAUUAUAUUUCUUCUAGAUAGAUUUUACGCAGUCUUUAAGGUUUAUCGCGUUGGUGUUGUGUUAAAGUUUAAAAGGCUGAAGUUUUCAGGUUUUUUUUACAGCAGCAUAAGUUGCGUCUUAAAUUGCGAGGAUCGUCUUUGCAUUUUUUCUUCCGCAGUUCCAAUAUAUGAAAUUCAUGUAAUCUUUAUAAAUAAUUUUAAUUUGAUAAACUCCAAAACGUUUUACAUAUAUUAAUCAUGGAAUAGAUGUUUGGGACGUUGGUAAGAGAUCUCUUAAUUCAGGUUUGACUGUAACAGUUCCUUUUUACACUCUAUUUCUGCUUUCCGUAUCUUCAAGUUUCUUCUGAUGAAAAAAACCCGUUAGUCCUUGCAGAUUACUCAUGAAGCUGAAAGGCAUUUAUCACAAUCCAACAAAGAAGAUGAUGACGAUGAGGAUGAUGAUAAAGGCAGUAGUAAGGAAGGUAAAGCAAAAAUCAUUGUUAAGUUAAAAAUGUCUCCUCCUGCUAACUUUAAUGAUUUUAAUCAAGGGUGCGUUCCUUUAGAAAAAAUCCGAUAAGGUUUAAUCGUUGCACAAUCUCACAGUCUUUGGACUUGGUGCGACAAAAGGAACGUGAGUAAAACCCGGAGGUUUAUUCUUCAGCGUUCCAAAAAUAUUUGUGUGAAACGCCUGCAAUAACGUAGAAUGCUCGACAGGUGUAAUUUUUUUUUGGACCCAUACCCAAACAGACUCAUUAAUUGUGAAUCCAUAAAUGCGGAUUUAGAUUUAAUCUAUCACGAAAUCUAUUGGGAGUGUGUUUUUAGUUUUAGUAAAGAAAGGCAAAAUUCGCGUUUGGACGAUUGUCUUAAAGAAAAGGGUUCUAAGUCAAAAGUCAGCUACAUUCAAAAAGACAUUUGAAGGAAAACACAAUUUCGGAUUUUGGGUUGCUUAUUCAAACAAAUUACAGAUUGAGUUCAACACCGCGAUUUAUUAAGCUAUUUUCAGUUUUGUAAACCCUAGAUCCAAACAUUGUUUGCCACUUAUGGUAUCAAGGAGGCUUACAGCCCUGGCCGUUGAAAACCAUUUAUCAACUUAAAAUAAACGAGUUCAAAACGUAUUAGAUGUUCCACUCGGAUCCGAGAUACAAAACAUUAAGUGCAGUUACUCUAGACCUUUCCCCCAAAGCUCUUAUUGCGGAAAUAGCUUAAGUUGGGUUCACACUGGGUAAUUGAUGACUUUCAUGUUUGCGGUUACACAGUGAUAAAAUUGCCCAAAGGGAAGAAAAUUUAGAACCAAGUUUUGAGGUAAACGUUGUUGUAAAAAUUGAGGUCUCAGAGAAUCGUAUUAAUGAAACCCGAGCCACAUCAAUUUAAGGGUAGCAAGAGCGAUUCAGCCUUUAAUUUUGAGACUAAAAAGGAAGAGGCUGACUUUAUUUUUUUUAAAAGAAAGGCAAAUUCUCACUCAGAAGUCAACAGUACAGGUUUACAAAUUGUUUGGAACGACCUCAUAAGGAAAUAAUUCUUCAAAACAUGUAAAGAAAACUUAGGAGUGUUUCAAGGUGCCUUUGAAUUUAUUAAGUGUAAAAUACAGAAAAAAAAAAGGAGCGCUCAAAAUCCUGCUUUAUAAGGUUUCGAACAUUGAGCCCAGUUGUUCGCGUUGGCGCCAUGACGAACUCAGCACGCAUACAACACGUGAUUUCUCCUUUUUGGUACGUUUCAAUCUAGCUCUUGUGAUUGGUUGAGCCGUUUUAGGUACCUUGGGAACAGUCAAUGGGUAAUUCAACUUCACCUUGGGAAAAUCGGUCACACGCAAGAAGUUGCUUCCCCGUGGGCAACAGCCAUUUGCCCAUGGAUAAAAUGGGUAGUGUAGCCGCACCUAUUUUUAGGUCGCACUAAAAGGAUAUGUAUUGGUCAACGUUUGACUUUCCUCGUGUCUUCUGCUUUAGAAACUGAAAUACUUAUUCUUUUCACAGACAAAAGAGCUAAGAGAGACAAACACAAUGUUGGAAAAAAGGCUAAGAAAGCGGGUUCAGGUGCUGAUAGUGAUGUGUCAUCUGAGGGAGAUGGUUACUUGGAUUCAAACGAAGAGGAUCACAGAUCGGACAGCUUUACAUCUUUCGAUGGUGAGAUACUUUGA